AUGGAUGCUUCGAAGCCUGAAGCAGUGGAGGACUCCCAGUCUGGGUCGAAAGAUGAUUCGCUUUCAGGGCUUGCAUGCUUGUGGGACAACAAUCCGGAAGUGAGGCAGCGAAUGCGAAAGAAGUUCAACCUGUUGGUUCAUUACGAUCCCAAACUUCAGAAGAAGCUCAAUGUAAAGGUGGAGAAGACCGCACACAAUGUUCGAACGAAUGCUGCCGUGUUGGGACCUGUUCUGAAGAUUAUGAGGCUGACGAAUGGCCUUCCGGCUAUAGACAAACUCAUGGUGCAGGUCGCGGAUGUGUUCGGGCGCUUUUCCAUGCCAAUUACAGAGAACCUUGCAAACUCGCAAUCGUGGGCCAUCCGGGAUAUGAUUUCAGUCCUGAAGAAGAACAAAACCAAACAUGCCUGGCACAAGGACCCAGUGACCCGGCAGCUUCUCUUGGAUAUGGGUGUGUGUGAGGAGGAGGAGGGUGGGCAACUGAAGGUGGUGAGGCAGAAGUCCUUCAAGGAGGAUUCUUUGCCUUUCUUGAAGCCGACGGUUGAAGAUUCCCAGCCGCUUCCAGACGAUGAAGCUUUGCAGCCGAUUCAAAACACAAUGGCCCCAGAAGACUCACAGCCGAUCCAAGACAACAGUGCAGCCCCAGAAGUUUCGCAGCCGGUUCAAGUCGUGGCCCCAGAAGUUUCGCAGCCGGUUCAAAACAUCGUGGCCCCAGAAGUUUCGCAGCCGGUUCAAAACAUCGUGGCCCCAGAAGUUUCGGAGCCGGUUCAAGACAGUGUGGCCCCAGAAGUUUCGCAGCCGGUUCAAGACAGUGCAGCCCGAGAAGUUUCGCAGCCGGUUCACGACAGUGUGGCCCCAGAAGUUUCGCAGCCGGUUUCGGAGCUCGCCCCCAGUUUGCAAUUGUUGAGUGGGCAGGUCGUCUGCUCGUCCGACGAGGAGACUGCUCACUUGGCCAACAGCAGCCACGAGGGUUUGUCCGCAGGCAAUGUGCAUAAGGAUCCGGGCGACACGAGCUUUCCAGAAUCAAAGCCUUCGAAGAAAGAACCCGAAGGUGUGUACAGUGCCUCGAGCAAGGGGCCCGUGGAGGAAGGAUCGGGGCUCCGCCGCAUGAAGAAUCAUGUGGCUUUGGGUGACGAUGACGAAGGCCAGUCCGAGGACCCCAAGGCGAAAGCCACGGCAAAGGCAAAGUCAGCCUUGCCGAAGAGCAAGGCCAAAGCCAAAGCCAAGGCCAAGGCCUCGGCGAAGUCCAGUGCCAAAGCCUCGAAGGUUGUCGCUGGGGAUGGGGAUGACCCGGAGCCACCAAGCAAGAAGGCCAAGACUGCAAACCGCAAAGAAGCUUUGGAGGCAGCUUUCAAGAAGACGUUCCAUGAGUACACCCAGCUUCGAAAGCCCGAGCCCCUGGUUUUCCAUGACAUGAAUGCCAAUGCUGCUCUGUCCAAUCCGGCCGGCGAGGCCGACAAGAGAGGCAAGCACGAUCACUUGGAGAAGUUGUUUGCACCCGAUGGUUACCGCUACGAGCUGUAUUGGACCAGAUUCUCCGUGGGGGUCAAGAGGCAGGACGGCGACGAGUACAAGCAGAUUGUGUACUUUUCGAGGUUGCUUUGUGCUCUUCGUUCCCUCGAAACACCGACCCUGCUUGCAGAGCUCUGA